AUGAGUGCAAGGUUAACACCAUUAUACGAGUUAUUACAAAAAGGACGGGAAUGGAUCUGGUCGCAAGAAUGUGAGUCAACUUUUUUAUCAAUUAAGAAGUCUUUGUCUAGCGCAGAGGUUUUAGCCCAUUACGAUCCGAGUAAACCAUUAUUCAUGACGUGUGACGCGAGCCCGCACGGGGUAGGGGGGGUGUUGACACAGCUGACCGCCGACGGCCGCAGCGAGCGCCCCGUCGCUUAUACCUCGCGUACGCUGUCGGAUGCGGAGAAAAAUUACUCACAAAUCCACAAAGAGGCCCUUGCAAUCAUAUUCAGUGUAAAUAAAUUUCACCAAUAUCUAUAUGGACGCCAUUUCACCUUACGCACGGAUCAUAAGCCGCUCGUAUCCAUUUUUGGACCAAAUACCGGUAUUCCCACCAUGAUAGCCAGUCGUAUGCAACGAUGGGCAAUCAUUCUAUCGGCUUAUUCUUUCAAUAUCGAGUACGUGCGUACCGAUGAGAACGCGGCGGAUGGCCUAUCACGGUUACCGGUCACCGAGGAAAAAGUAGGUAAUUCAAUGGCGCCACCGGAGCAAACUUAUUUACAUUAUGUUCAACAAGCUUUAUUACUAGAUUAUCAUGAAAUUAAAAGGGAAACAUUACGUGACCCACUUCUAUCUAAGAUAUUGAGUUAUAUUCGCGACGGGUGGCCAUCACAGUGCGAGAUUACGAAUUUACAACCCUUUUUCAAUAGGAAAAAAGAAUUAUAUGAGGAACUAGGAUGUGUCAUGUGGGGCCAUAGAUUAGUAGUUCCCGAAAAUUGCAAAGAAAAGGUAUUAACUUUAAUUCAUGAGCCCCACAUGGGGAUAGUUAAAUCAAAAUCGCUGGCACGUAGUUACGUGUGGUGGGCAGGGGUGGACGAGGCAGUGGAGCGGAUGUGCCGCGAGUGCGCCGUGUGCGCGGCGCAUGCCGACGCGCCGCCGCGACACGCGCCGCGCAUGUGGCCCUGGCCGCACCGGCCCUGGUCCCGCCUGCAUUUAGACUAUUUAGGACCUAUUGCGGGCCGCACAUACUUGAUAGUUGUAGAUGCUACCACCAAGUGGUUGGAGGUUUUCAAUGUAAGUAGUGGUACUACUACAAACGGGCUUAUAGAUCGGCUUUGCGAAUUAUUUAGUAGAUGGGGUUUACCAAAACAAAUAGUAAGCGAUAAUGGCCCUCAAUUUACUUCAAAGCAGUUUGAGGAUUAUACAAAGGCCAACGGCAUCGAUCACAUUUUCACGGCACCAUAUCAUCCGGCGUCUAACGGUUUAGCCGAAAAUGCGGUUAAGACUGUAAAACGAGCAAUAAAAAAAGCAAUAUAUGAAAAAAGAAAUAUUGACCGGGCUUUGUGCGAUUUCCUAAUCUAUUACAGAAACAUAGAACAUUCCACAACAGGUGAAAGCCCAGCUAUGCUACUUUUAGGGAGACGCUUGCGAACACGAUUAGACAUGAUUAAACCGGACAGGGAAUCUCGAGUACACAGAGCACAACAACGCCAGAAGGAGUCAGCGGGAGGAGUAAGUAGAUCUGUGGACAGAAAUGACGAAAUAUGGUACAAGCAAUUUUUAAAAGGGGAGAAGUGGCUCCCGGGACGAGUAAUUGAUAGCGUAGGACCGAGUAAUUUUAGAGUGAAGGGUAAAGAUGGGGUUAUGGUACACCGACACAUUGAUCAACUGCAUAAAAGACCUAAUGGUAGGUUAUCAUUAGUUACUACAACAGCUAACUUAGGACAACAGUCUAGCACAAAUUCUCAACCAAAUCAUACAGGUUUAGAGGUGGGCAGUCCUCAGAAGUCGGAUGGACAGUCGGAGCAGACGACUGACGAGGCGAGGGUUGGGUCGCCGGCGACAGAGCAAGGAGCGCAGCCUAGCGGGGUAGAUAGGGGCGCAGCAACUUCACCCGAUUGGCAAUUUGCUUCGCCCACCGUGACACCGCCCCGAACUCGGCCUAUAAGACAGUGUCGGCUAAAUAAAGUGCCUAAUUAUAGAACUUAG